AUGGCUAACGUCUUUUGGACGCUCUUCUGGCUGCCCGCGUUCGCCAUGGAUAAGAGCGGCAAGAUUCCUCGGCCGGAGAUCCGAAUUGAAGGGGAUCUGGUGAUCGGGGGUCUCUUUCCGGUCCAUGAGAAAGGAGAACCUGGCUCGGAGUGUGGCCGCAUGAAUGAGCACCGUGGGCUGCAGAGACUGGAAGCCAUGCUCUUUGCUUUGGAUGCCAUUAACAGGGACCCACAAAUCCUCCCCGGGCUUCAGUUGGGGGCCCAUAUACUGGACACAUGUUCCAAAGACACGUACGCUCUGGAGCAGGCCUUGGAGUUGGUACGAGGAUCUCUGACCCGGGGGGAUGGACCUCAGUACCUGUGUCCAGAUGGAUCAUACGCUAUACAUGGGGAGACCCUCACAGCCAUCAGUGGGGUGAUUGGAGGAUCCUACAGUGAUGUGUCCAUACAGGUGGCCAACCUUCUGCGGCUCUUCCAGAUCCCACAGAUCAGUUACGCCUCCACUAGUGCCAAGCUGAGCGAUAAGUCGCGGUACGACUUCUUCGCACGAACGGUUCCCCCGACUUCUACCAAGCCAAGGCCAUGGCGGAGAUCCUACGCUUCUUCAACUGGACUUACGUCUCCACCGUGGCGUCUGAGGGAGAUUACGGUGAAACCGGCAUAGAGGCUUUUGAGCAGGAGGCUCGGGCUCG